AUCAAUCUUUAGGGUUCUUUUUUGUUCUUCUUAGCUCUUUUUGGAGUCUGUAAAGUUGAGGCAUGGGAGUAAAGGUUGCCGCGACCUGUUUACAAUGGUCGCAGCCAGUAGCUUCACACUCUCCUUCAUCGGCUCAGACGCUAGCCUCUGCAAUUUCAUCUCCUUCGACGAAAAAACAGAGAGGAGGCGAUCGAGUUCUUGUAUGCCGAUUCGUCCAUAAAUUGGCUUUCUUGGGAACGUCAUCGACGAAGCUUUUGAGAUCUCGAUCUUGCGAUAAUCUGAAGUCUAGAGGCCAAUUCCUCAGGCGAGCUUGCAGCGCCAACUUAGAUGGAUACCCUGACGAAGAGUUCACGGAAAAUACUCGGGAAUUAGCACAGAGGUUCGAUCUUUUAAGCGAUGGUGAUGAAGAACAGAACAAUAAUUACGACGCGGAGGAUGUAGAAUUGGAUAAUUCUGCUGUUGAUUCCGGGGAAAAACAAGGCGAGAGCAGCAGCAGGAACAUCGACAAUUGCAGCACAAAUUCGGUACGAAUAUCCAGUUCUUUUCAGCCACCGAAGCUGGAGUGUGUGCAGCCUCCAUGGCUUCAUGUCAAGCCGGAACCACCAGACUGGCCAGGAAGGGAUGAGAUUGAUCAGGCGAGUAUAGAACGAAAGGCAAAUAGCGUGGACCUUCCCUUAUCUCUUAGAAUGAUAAAGAAGAAGAUGCAAUGGCAAGAAGGUUUCAGACAAGCAGGGGAAUCUGCCUACUGCUCGAUGAAGAAGGCCUUCUCGUCGAUGGUGUUUAUCAUUCGUGAGCUUCAAUGCUACACGUUGCAUAUGCGAGAGAUUCUCUUCUACGAAGACCUCCAAGGUAUCCUGGCACGAGUACAGAUGGAGAUGCACGCCUCAUUUGUUUGGCUUUUCCAACAGGUCUUCUCACACACGCCCACUCUAAUGGUCUACGUGAUGAUCCUUCUUGCCAAUUUCACCGUGUAUUCGAUGGGAAACAACGCAGCAAUCGCAGCUCCGCCACCGGCGUCGGCUGCCACGGAGAUCGUAUCGGUGAAUGAAAACCAACCCAAGAGUUUUGAUUCUUCUUCGGUAAUGAACACGUUUUCAGUUUCGUCUUCGACCGGGAAAACGGCCUUCGUGGGAGGACACAAUGGCGGCGGCGGUGGAAAGUUCCGGCGUGUGAUGAGUGGGACUGAGGGAGAUGGACCUUCCGAUAGUUCGUCAUCGUCAUGGAACUAUCAGUCUCUGUCUCAUCAGGUAUCGUCGUUUGGGAACCCCAACCCCACGACGACGGAGGGAGCAGAGUCGGAGUCGGCAUCGGUGGUAGAGGCAAAUCCGGAUGGUUUUGUUGGAGGAGUAAGGAGCGAGGAAGAAAUGAAACUGUGGAAUUCGAUGGUGGAUGAAGCUAUGAGAAUGCAAUCGGAGGUGAGGGACGAGUCUCUCGAUAUCCACACGAUAACAAAUUUCGUUUCUCCGAUAAAGGCAAACAUUGAAGAGGAGGACCAAUCUGAUUACUUGAGGACGGAGCUUCUGUAUAAGACGGCCGUGUCUCAAGAGCCCAACAACCCUUUGCUACUUGCGAAUUACGCGCAGUUCCUAUACGUCGUCUUACACGAUCAUGACAGAGCGGAGGAUUACUUCAAGAGGGCAAUAGAGGUGGGGAAGAAAGGAGGAGGAGGAGGAGAUGCAGAGGCGUGGAGUAAAUAUGCAACAUUCCUGUGGCUGGUGAAGAAGGAUAUAGAGGCGGCUGAGGAGACAUAUUUAGAGGCGCUAGCGGCGGAGCCAGGGAACACGUACUACGCCGCUACCUACGCUCAUUUCUUGUGGAACACUGGUGGAGAGGACACUUGUUAUCCUCUCGACUCCCCCGACAACGACUUCGACCUCGAUGCUUGACUAAUACAAAGAUUGGAGACACUACGGCCU